AUGAAGGCGAUUACCAGUAAUGUUGAAGAGUUGGAUCUCGGUUUCGAGUAUUCACAUCUUGAGUUGCCCCCAAGCGUCUUUUCUUGCAAAACGCUUGUGGUACUCAAGUUGAGUGGAAGGAUAAGGAUCAUGGUUCCUAGUACAGCCUGCCUUCCAAAUUUGAAGUCACUUUACCUCAAUUUCCUGAGGUUUUUAGAUGAUGAAUCAGCUGCUAAUCUGAUCUCUUGUUGUGUGGCCCUAGAAAAUUUGUCCAUUCAGAGAAAUGCUUGUGACGAAGUGCGAAAGCUCCGCAUACACAAGCCGACUCUGAGAUCUUUCAAAAUACAUUAUGGCAAUAACAUUUUUUAUACUGAUAGAGAUCGUGAAGAUGAAACUAUUCUAGAGUUAAAUGCCCCUGCUCUCCAAUAUCUUGAUGUCAAAUAUUAUAUCUCGGAUCCUCUAUUGGUUGCAAAUGUGGGCUCAUUGUACAAAGCAACGCUUGAUUUGAACAAGGGGCGCUCUUGUCUAUCUCUCAUCAGGUGUCUCGAAGCAUUUAGCAAUGUGAAGUUUCUUUCUUUGUCUGGUUUAACAAGAGGACUCAAAUUGGAACAAGGAUUUCCAUCGGUGAAGCUCUUGAAAUUAACUCACUUAACUUUGGGAGCUAGAUGUGUUUGGCGUCCCAUGCUUCCAGACUUUCUUCAAUGCUUCGAGAAACUAGAAGUUCUCGGAUUAACAAAGGUUAGGGUCAUUGCAGCUAAAAACCAAGUUUCCAGAACUCCUAAUUAA